AUGUCGGACGGGCUUAUCAGCGUUGCCUCGCCGCCCCAGAGCCGUAGCUCGUCUGCCCAAGACUCAUAUUCAACUUCUGCCACUACUUACGAUGACCCCUUGGAGGCAUCCACAGCUCCCGGUGGCGCCAUCGCCGAUAAGAGGGCCUCGAAGCAAGAUGGAAAAGGCAAUGUCAUUGUCAGCGUUAGGGUCCGACCUGAUCUAACCGGCAAUGAUAACCCAAAGGAUUGGGAAGUUGAUCCGAAGAAGGCGUUAAUUUCCCAUCACGGACGUGAGAGCGGGGACUACUGUUAUGAUAAUGUAUUUGCCACGAGCGACGAUAAUUCGAGGGUGUACGACUGCAUCGCAAAGAGGCUUGUUCGAAGGGUUAUGGAGGGCUACCACGGAACUGUUUUCGCGUACGGCAUGACGGGCACCGGCAAGACCUUCUCCAUGCAAGGAACAGCCUCAUCUCCCGGUGUUAUUCCGCUCGCGAUUACCGACAUCUUUUCGUAUAUCCGCGAAACACCCUCGCGCGAAUUCCUGCUUCGCGACGAGAUCAAGCUACGCGAGGAUAGCAAGCGGGGCGUUUAUGCUAGCCCGCUAAAGGAGGAGAUCGUGCAAAGUCCGACGCAACUUCUCCGUGUUAUUGCUCGCGGCGACCAGGCGAGGAGGACCGCGAGCACCCAGUUCAACUCGAGAAGUUCUCGGUCUCAUGCUGUUGUCCAAAUCGUUGUUGAAAGCCGAGAGCGUAUGCCUGGCAACGCGAGCGCUGAAAACAAGCGUGGGGGUCUGCUUCCUGGCGGAGUCCGGGUCUCGACCCUAAGUUUGAUUGAUUUGGCUGGUUCCGAGAAGGCGGCGGAAAGUAAAGAGCGCCGGACCGAAGGAUCUCAUAUCAACAAGAGCUUGUUAACCCUGGGUACGGUUAUCGCUAAGCUGUCGGAGCACAAGGACAAGGAUGGAAAACCUGCGGAUAAAGACGGCAAGCAUCUCCCCUACCGUGACAGCAAACUCACGCGUCUUCUCCAAGGCGCACUCUCUGGAAACUCGCUGGUCAGCAUCCUAUGCACGAUCCAGACGGGCUCCGCUGGUACCGCUGCGGCCGCCAACACACACACCGCCGAGACCCUGAAUACCCUCAAGUUUGCCUCCCGCGCGAAGAACAAUAUUGUUAGUCACGCGAAGAAGGCUGAAGAAGCCCUUGGUGCCGGUGGCGAUGGCGGUGCCCGUGUUCUGCUUGAGCGAUACCGAAUGGAAAUUGCAGAGUUGAGGUCACAGCUAGAUUGCCAAGCCAAGGGCAAGAAAAAGACGGACGAUCUCUCUGAUGAGGAGAAGGUGAAGAAUGCUGAGGAGGAAAAGGCCCGCGAACUCGAAGCCGAACAGCGUCACGAAGAACAGAUGCUGGAGAUGCAGCUUGCCAGGACAGCGCUCAAGGAGCGCAUCGAUCACUUGAACCGGCUAAUCCUGAGCUCCAAGUCGACCGGAGUCAACCGAAGCGGAUCCUACAGUUCCCUCGCCAACUCGCGCUUCUCUCAAAUAUCCACUCGGUCGUCGAUGACGGCAUCCAACAGCGGUCGGCCAGGAAUGGAGCGGACUUCGUCGAUGACGUCUGCGUCUUCCACCGUUGGCCGGCGCUCAAGCGGCGGAAAGAGACAAUCAGGUGGCGAGGCAUCCAUCAUGGAAGACGAGGAUAGUGUCGGAGAGUUUGGUGACGGAAAUGCAUCACUCGCGGCGCAAAAUCGGGCCCUUCAGUCGGAUCUAGCGGAUAAGAAUCGGUACAUCACGACGCUUGAAAAGAGGCUUCUACAGGCCCGCAGAGCCAGCUCGUCACGUACGUCGGUUGGCUUCGGUGGAAGCAAGAACAUCCUCGUCGGAGAAGAUCAUAGCGUGUCCACGCUUCUCAAGGAAAAGGAUGCCGAGAUUGCGGAGCUUCGCGCUAGGAUUGACGACAAGGAUCGGAUGCUGGCCGCUCUCCGAAGUGUGGCAAGAUCCCGCGAAACGGCAGAGGGAACCGUCGCUUUCGACCCGAGGGCGCCUUUGAGUCCCCCACCAUCAGCUACGCUGCUGAGUUCCCAGCAGACCCCGUUUCCGCCUAUGAAGGGAAGCCGCAAAAGUGCUGGUGGCGACGAUCUCAAGAUCCUAGACGAUAUGAUAUCCGAUCGAAUCGAGAGCGGCCAACUGGUACGGAGUUCGCGAGGCAGCGUCCGCAUUGCCUACGACGGACCUCUACGAGAUCCUCCAACGGAGCCCCUGCCAACUUUGGAUCUUGCCCAUAAGCAGGAGCAGUUGAAGCAACAGGCUUCGAUUCAAGAAGUCUAG